UCGGACAGUAAACAGUGAAAAAUGCAGUUCAGAUCUGUGAAGGAGCCGAAGCUUUUGAAUAGCUUAUUUCACUUUUUCCUGGUAUUUGUUGUCUCAAGUUUCUUCAUAGGCACUCGGGGUACUCAGRUGAAUGAUGUUGAUCCAUGCAAGGCGUACCAAGAGAUCAACGAUCCAUACCGAAGCACUAAAAGCAGGCUAAAGGCAGGAAUGAGAGCAAAUUGUGACUACGACCUGAGCAAAGGAUGGUAUAGAUUUACAAGUAUUGUUGGUGGACAAAUACCAACUACCAAGCCGGAACCCUUUUACUGUAACACUAUUGCACCGAUCUGGAUGAAAGGAGAGCUGCCAAAGACUAAGGGGGAACAAAUACAUGCUACUGCAUGUGUCAAUUUCUUUAAUCUGGCAGGUGGAUGUAAAAGAAAGUUUUCGAUGUCGGUCAAAUACUGCGACGGCGGUGAUGGUCAAGAUGGUGAAGAUUUCUAUAUCUAUAGGCUUUCACCUGUGCGUGGAUGUGCCAUGGCGUAUUGUGCAGGCAACCAGACUCCGUGUCCAAGAGGAAUGACUGGAAUAGAACCCAACUGUAAUGUCUCGAAGAUUGUCAAGUUUCCAUACACCCGUGUGCCUCGCCCAAAGGUUGAUUACGUAAAAGACAUAAAUACUUUGGCCAUGAGCUGCAAAUUUCAUUUCCCCCCUUGGAAUAACGUUUCGUACGCUGUGGAAUGGUUUGCGGAUGGCCGAUUGAUUCGUACACAAUGGAUGUGCGUAGGUGUGAACAGUACGUGCGAUCGGAAAAACUUGGAAUCGAUAGUAAACUAUGGAUCUUUUAAAAUGGGUCAAAAUCUGCAGUGUCGAAUUUCAAUGAAAUAUUCAACAAGUCCUGAUAACAAAUGGUCAGCUGCAAAGUACAGCAACAAUUUCUACGUUGGAAUCGAGAUCACUCCACGUGUAACACACAUUGUUGUGAAAGAGUGUGACAGAAACUCCGAUGUGACAAUAAACUUAAGACCCACAGUUCCAAUAUACAACAAUACCUACACACCAAAAGUUGAUUACCUAUCCCUAUCGAUUCUUGUUCCUAAAAAAGAUAAAAAUCAAAACAAAGCUGCUAUAGAUACUUGUAAUGUAACAUUAAAGACAGAAGACAUUUCAUCUGGAAAAGAUAUCACAAUUAAAGGAAUCUGCAAUAACUUAAACGAUGGUGUUUCACAAUCAAGAUUUUAUUUUGUACCUGAAACUACUUAUCUGCCUUGGAGAGAUUAUCGACCGCCAGCUUUGCUUGUAUGGAUUAAUACUACGGAAAUAAAAACUUGCUCCGGUACUGGCGAUCCACAUUACAAGACAUUUGAUGGAAAAGUUUUCCAUUUUUACAAACCUGGCAACUAUCUUAUGUACAGCAACGCCAACAAAACUGUGGAGGUUCAAACCCGUCUUUGGACUUGUGGUGAAAGUCAAGUUUCGUGUCACUGUGGAGUCGCUAUACGAGAAAAAAAUGAGAUUGUCGUUUUAUCAGUUUGUAACGAUGUACUUGUUCAUAAAUCUACUGAGUUCACUCCAAUGACGUUAAGACGUAACAAAAAUGGCUUUCAUAUAGUCAAAAAGAGCAAAGGUAGCUCUAUGGUCUAUGAUGUCUUUUUGCCGUCAGGUACUCGUGUCAAAGUGUCUCGUAUAGAUUGGGGUAUCGACGUUUUCAUUACAGCACCAGACACUGACAGAGGAAAUGUUUUAGGACUUUGUGGUAACUUUGAUGGAGAUCCAAAUAAUGACCUAAAGGGGAGUGACGGUAAACUCUAUGAAGACUCAAGAAUACCGGGGCACCAACUCUUUGGGAGUACUUGGGAAAUUUUCGGGAAGACAUAUUUUGAGACUUAUCCGAAUAAGUUUCCCGCGCAAAUAGAUGAUGAUGGGAUGUUUUGCACAUGUUUUCCAAAAGAAGCUAAAGAGAAAAGUUCAGACUGUAAUACAGUAGGAAGUUACUAUUUUGACUCGGAAGAUAACAAACAACAAACCGAUGACCCUGAGCAAAAGAAGAAGAAGAAGAAGAGAUUCGCACACACUGACUGGUACAGUGAUGACAUCAUUGAUCAUGAACCUCGUAGCUACUUUGUAGAUGAUCCACAAGUACAGCACGCUAUGAACCGAAUACGAAACAAGAGAUCACUCAAGAUAGUGAUGUCAAACAAAGAAGCAACCGACUAUUGUAGAAGUCAUAUAGAGGAUACGAAUGCAGGAAGGUCAUGCAAAGAUGUUUCAGGUGCAAGCAUUGGAAUUGCAAUGGAACAAUGUAUUGCUGAUUUAGAGUUAACUGGAGAACAAGCAUAUGCGUAUUCAGCUUUUGACUUUAUGGCUUACGAGUGUAAAGAUGCUAUUUUCAAGAAUGUUUCACUCUACACAAAAAGUCCAGAUGGUGACUUAGUACCUCCUACAGAAUUAGUAAAAGACCUGUGUCCAUCAGACUGUAGUGGACGUGGCAAGUGUAAGAACAGAACCUGUAUAUGUGACGAAGGUUACACUGCACUGGACUGUUCCAUGGAGGUUGGUGCAGUACCUGAAGUACUGGGCAUCUACAACGGAGGACUUUGUGAUCUUCGAGAACGUCCUUGCAGAAAAACUAAUAUCAAGGGCCAGUAUUUCAUUAGCUCGGAAAAUCUGACCUGCCAUGUUCAAGAAAUCGAGGUUUUCCCAGGUCCUUGGUCUCCCCGUGGACAACCURUCAAAUUACCUGGAGAUAUGUUCGAUCUGUAUGGUGUUAAAUGCGACCUGCCUGAUCCACCGACGAGACUUGGUGAUUAUGAUCACGAGGGAACCCCUGCUGGGGGACUUAUGAUCUCAGUUUCUAACGAUGGCUUCAAUGCAAGUGUACAAAAGCUAAGACACGUGUCCUUCGAUUCCAAGUGUAUGAAUUGCAGCAAUUCAAGCAUAUGCGAACGUAAACCGAAUUCCUGUCUGAUCAGAGGACAUUGUUUUGCUGCCAACGAACCCAACCCACGUGAUUGGUGCCAGCAGUGCAUACCCAGAGAUGACCAGAAUUCCUGGACUCGUAGGAAAAUUAACCAGGCACCGAAGUUCACCACCAAGAAAAUCAUGUUUGCAGUUAAAGAAGAAGAUCUCGUGAUACAGCUGAAAGCAACAGACCCUGAUAACCGUCCUGUAACACUCUCUACUCAGUUCUACAGCUACUGGCCACACAUUCAGUACAGCUGGUCUACUGAGAUGGAAGGUUAUAUCGAAUGAGAAGUUCACCUUCAAAGUGACUGACGAGUGUG